GCAAGGACUGCUGCCGACUCAUCCUGGCCAUUCAGCAGCCGGUCAUCCCUCGCCUAUUUUAGAACCAGAGCGGGCCACAGUCUGAAACAAGCACCCAAAGACCUGCACUAGGGCCAAAGAAGCGGACGCGGGAAAUUCGAAACGUAAAGAGACCCUCCCGCCCGCUCGCAGCUUCUCAAACUUGUUACAGCCUCCUCUUCAACCUCAUCGUUCUACGCACACCGAGACUGGAUCACGGAAACGUUCGUCGUGGGCAGGUCCCGAUUGCAUUAGCUCUCUGUCGAGGUUUUUCCUUUCGCCGGAGCCUCGCGUCGAUUGUUCUCACGCUCUGAGAGUCCGUCGUCGUUCUGUCGCUCUCAAAACCGCCCCUUUUUUUCUGGCCCGUCGCGCAUCGCACUUUUGUCGCAACCCCCAUUCCUCUCGCUCUCAGAACGCUCGUGCACGGCUGGUACCUGUGUAUCACGUCUGAAGUCCUUUUAUUCUCCCGGACCUCGUCGCCUCUGACGCUGGUCCUUCGGUCAUUUCGACCAAAGUGCUGCCGCAGCACACAGCAUGUAUUCAAACGCCCAUGCAACAAUGGCACCUCCCCAGGCUCGUUCUGUCGCUCCUGAAACUUUUCUGCUCGCAGAGGAUGCCCAGCAGUCGCUUCCUCCAGAGGCAAUUGUUGCGCUGCAACAAGUCGACAAUCUCAAAUACUUCCUCAUCUCUGCGCCCGUAGACUGGAGUCCAGACCAGUACAUCAGACGGUUCCUCCUGCCGACAGGCGAAUACGUGUCGUGCGUGCUAUGGAACAACCUGUUCCACAUUUCCGGCACCGACAUUGUGCGGUGCUUGUCAUUCCGCUUCCAGGCCUUUGGACGGCCCGUGAAGAACUCGAAGAAGUUUGAGGAGGGCAUCUUCUCUGACCUACGAAAUUUGAAGUCGGGCACCGACGCGUCGCUCGAGGAACCCAAGAGCCCUUUUCUGGACUUCCUGUACAAGAACAACUGCAUCCGCACCCAAAAGAAGCAAAAGGUGUUCUACUGGUACAGCGUACCUCAUGAUCGUCUUUUCCUGGACGCCCUCGAGCGCGAUCUCAAGCGCGAGAAGAUGGGCCAGGAGCCCACCACGGUGGCCGUGAGCGAGCCAGCGCUGUCCUUUGAGUUCGACUCGUCGCAGUCGCUGUUCGAGCAGCUCACAAAGGCGCAACAGACCAACUCCUCGUCUUUCACCAACAACAUGCAAAGUUUCGCGUCAUCGACGUCACCGCAGAUGCGCGCAGACUCCAUGCCGGCGCCUCCGGUGAUGCCUCAGCAGAUGUCAGCUCCCGUCAUCGAGGAACAGCUUACUCAAGCGCCUUACAUGCAGCAAAUGCCUACCUCGAUGCCUACGGUAGCUAACACAAUGAUCGCAAAGACUCGAGAGCGGGAUUUCGGCUCCGUGCAAUUCGACCGCAACGGCAUUCCGUUGACGCAGCUGCAUCAGCGCGCCAACUCGAUGCCUGCAUUCAUGGAGUACUCGCCAGCACCGUCGCUGAUGUCGCAGUACGACGAGUAUGGCACCAUCAGCAACCCGCGCAUGUCGUUUGAGCCAAUGACGCCACCUCAACAUUCUAUGGGCCUUUCAGCGGAGCCGACGUACAUCGCCAACGAUGAGACCGGCCUCUACUCGGCCAUCCCAGACCUCGGCAUGUCCAACAACUUCAAUCCACUGAUGCAGAUGCCGCCGUCGAACGUGGUCAACCCCCAGUUUACAGGUGUCUCUCGAGCUUUCCCACCUGCGAGUGUGUACUCGGUCAUCGAAGGCUCUCCGACCUAUAAGCAGCGUCGGCGACGGUCUUCAAUCUCGCAAGGCUUAGCCGCUGCGGUCACUUCUGCCGGCGGUGCUCCCGCUCUGCAACGGCCAAGCGAUUUGCGUCGAUCGAUGUCCGCUUCGGUGGUCCCACAGACUGUUCAGGAAGUCGAGGAGACGCAGGAUGCCACUCAGCAGCAACAGCCGUCUCCUCAGAGCGCUAACGGUGGCUACGCUCAUCAGAAAACCGAGCAGUUUCCUGACAUGUCCCGACAUGGAACGCCGCUCGCGACAGUCGAAGAUAGCCCCGUUCAGCAACAUACCUCUCUAGGGGCUGAGGAAUUCCCCUCCUUCGACAACAGUAACUUUGACGGCGGUAUGGCACAGAACCCUCUCAUGCGCAGUGCUCCGGGCGUCUUUCGUCGCGCACGCAGCGCCACUAUGAUGGAGCUUGGGCCGUACCCAACAAAAUCGCAUUCCUGUCCUAUUCCGACGUGUGGCCGUCUUUUCAAGCGGUUAGAGCAUCUCAAGAGACACGUUCGCACGCACACCCAAGAACGUCCCUAUGUAUGCAACUUGUGCAACAAGGCGUUCUCCCGAUCAGACAACCUUGCUCAACAUAAGCGCACACAUGAGCAGCAGCAAAAUGGCGAGCCAGUUGUCGACAACUUCAGCGAGGAGGACCUCGAAGCCGACGAGAGCCAACUCAUCGACCUGGAACACGAUUCUCCUGAAUCCGACCAUGGAUAUCUCAACUUGAACAUUCCGUCCACGAUUCCGGAAAACUACCCGCCCAGCUCCAUGAGCACGGGUACGACCAACAUGAACGGUGCUACCAUGAACGGCACCUCCAUCACUCCCAUGAUUUCCGCUCAGAACUAUUGAGCGGACACAGGGCUGUCGAACUCCUGUCGACAGUGACGUUGGCUUCGCCUUAGGUCACGGCCGUCACGCUGGAAAGCUUGUCAUCAUUUUACCUUCUUUGCUUUAUUUUGUCACAUACGCAUUUACAGUUUCUGUCUUGGGAGUAAUUAUUUUUCCGCCUCCUGAGUACGCCAUAGCUGCUGGCUACGAAUCGUGGACGAAUUUCUCCUAUUGGUUUGUCUGUCCAUUCCUUUCUGACGCGACCUUUUGCGCGAGUCAUAGAGCGCGAGCGGGAAAAAUGCUGGAAGUCCUCUUUUCUUGACCUUCAAUUUCUUUUCUUAACGCAAGAGGGGGGGAGGGGUGCAUCGCAUUGCAUAGACUUCUCUGCUUUGUGGUGGUUGUUCUUUUUGUGGCCGUGUACUGCGCUUCUGCCUGAUCUGCACUUUGAUAUUCUGCGCAGCGGAUGGCGCAAAUCUGAUCAUGGGUGGAGCCAUCGUGGAUGAAAAACUCCGUGGGGCUUGCUGCCACGAUUUGCUGCUCAUCACAUCAUUUUUGCCUUUUUGAGUACAAGAGCCCGCUACUGUAUACUAGUGCCAGGAUAUUGAUGAUCGCAAGAAAGAAUCCAAGUACAUAUCGACAAGCACAGUCAACGCAUCUUCGCUCCCACUUGCAUCUUUG